CCUCUCUCGCCCAUCACGUAGAGCCGUUCGCUCAUAUAUCGCUGCAAGAACCCCAUCCUAUCUACCUAAGCACACUCUCCCUGACUCUUCCCUGAUUCGACCCGACACUCGACCUGACACUCGACCACCGCCUCGCUCCCCAACAUGACCCAGACAACCUAUCCGACCUUUGCCCAUUCGCCGCUGCGCUCCUCGUGGGUCCCCGACCCGCCUUUGAUGCGGGACGGCGAGAUGCGCAAGAGUCGCGUCCGGAGCCUCAAGCUUGGCCAACACGACACCUCGUCGUUCGGUCCGCUCCUCCCGUCGCCCAGGGUUCAUCCGUCCAAGAGCUUCGAUACCUUCCCGUCGAUCCUGCUGAACGCCGAGUCCGGACGAAGGUCGCCCGAGCCUCGUCGCACCCGCUCCCCAAGCCCGACUCUGCCCGAGGAACGAGUGUCUCUUCCUCUUCCUCCUCCUUCCCCUCCUUCUUCGCCUUCUCCUCUUCAGACCGAGAAGCCCGUGACGAGGCGGCGAUCGGUGUCAUUCAGAGUUCCGUCAGAGAGCACUCCAGAGCCCCAUGGCCCCAAAAGAGCCUCAUCGUCUCCACCUUCCACACCCACUUCGCCCCCGGCCUCCCCGAUAUCGCCGCCGCUUUCGCCAUCCUCCCCAGUCUCGCCCACCUCGCCCACCUCGCCGGCAUCGCCAGUGUCGCCAGUAUCGCCGGUGUUGUCAGCAACGCCCCCGUCUUUGGCUUCCAUGGCCUCAUCUCCUGUCCUUGACAAAGCUGCCCACUCAUCACAAGAGUCUUCAUGCCAGUCGCAACCGGCGUCAUCGAGCAAACCCGAGUUACCAUCUGUAUCAUCGAGCGCGUCCACACCAUCUUCUGCAUCAUCGGGCACAUCCGUGCCGUCGUCGGCAAGCACCGGUGCUGGAGCGACCCAGCCGCGAAAGCUUCAUCGGGGCCCGGUCUAUCGCAUUCUCGACCUCAACGAAACCAUCCGUCAGGCACUGCAUGCUCGCCAUCAGCUCUCGCACCAGAUUGGCGACAUGGUCGAGGAGAUUGUCGAUCUCCACACCAUCAAGACGCGCCAGGAACACCUCAAGAGUCCAAGUCAGGCGACUCCGACCAAGCUGCACACCUCCUCGUCGAUGCCGAACUUGGUCGCGUUUCUGAUGCCGUCGGCCCGGGAUGCCCAACCGUCUCCGCGUCCCGAGAGCCCUGCACCGUCGUCUGGAUCGCGGUCCAGCGCUGUGGCAGUCCCGUUUUCGCUUGCAUCGGCCACGCUGAUAUCCGCCCUGCCACGCCUGCCGUUGCUCGGCUUGUUUGCCGAAAAACGCAGCGUGAAGAUGGAUCCUGCCAGCAAUGCCAGCGUAGUUGAUGUCGAUGCUGAUGCUGAUGCUGAUACCGACACCGAUGUUGCGGAUGCUAUGGAUGCCACAAAUGCCAUGAAUGUCAUGGAUGCCAUGGAUGCUAUAGAUGCCAUGGAUACUACUAUGGAUGCUGCAGUCCCACGCAUGGCACCUUCAAGCACACACGAGAAGAAACGAGGUAUCGCCAGUCUGAAUGCCAACAACAACAACGUCAACAACAACGUCAACAACAAUGUAAAUAACAGCGUCAACACCAACAAAAGCAACGACCGCAACAGAGCUGAAAGUGACCCGGAUGAGGCCCUGGAGUAUUACCAGCGCGGCCUCUUCAAGACCCGCAAGCGAUUGGCUCUCAGUCUCAAGUACGACCUGAUCGACGCCGAGGAGCGGGUCGCGCAGUCGGAUUUGUUCAUUUUGCAGUCGGAGCUGCAGCGGCUCGAUGGGCGGCUCAACGAGCUGUUUGCAGAGCGCAAGAACAUCAAGCAGAUCCAGAAUCGCUUGCUGUUCUCCCCCCGCAACAACUUUAGCCUUCGCAAGAGGGUGCUGCUCAAGCGUCUGAUCAACGCCAUCUCGGAACAGCAGUUCGAAGACGACAACGACGAUAACAUCAGCGACGAGGGCCUCAAGAUGUCGCUGUAGCCGUGGUGGCUGCGACCAAGGGCCCGCUCAGUCAGCGCCCCCCAGAGUCGAAUGCAGAGGACGCGCCACCUUUGCGGCUCGGCCGUGGCGGUCUGAGCCAUCACAUGUGC